GAGGUGUUUGCUUUCUGUUUUCUUCUCUUUUCUUCUCUUCUUGCCCUGUCAGGGUUCUGGUCUCGGGGACCAGGCUGUCUUCAGGCAGCAGGGGGGCAGUGCGUCUGCCCCUGUUCAACCUUGUAAGGAUGAUUCCUCAAAAAAAAAAGCAGCUGUGGGCCUGCGUUGCGCCCCAGGCAGCGGCGCCGCCAGUGAUGGACGCGGGCUUCAUGCUGGGGGACCGCAUGGGUGUGUGGACCUCAGGCCCGCGGGGGGCGGGCGCGCUGCUGUGGAGCACUUUGCGGGCCACGUUCUUGUACGCCGUCUGGUGUGCAUACUGGUCCCGUGAGCCUGCUAAGCAGACGUCGGAGCAUGUGGUUCGGGAGGUGGUCAGCGAGCUGCGCAGGGUGAUGCAGCUGCAUUUCACUGCCGCCACGCUAACCCCUGAAACCCUGUCGGCUCUGCCCACUCAGCUUCUCACCGCACAGCUCAAGGCGGCUAAGCUGGAGCACUUUGUUGCCAUCUGGACGGCGGGUGGCGCGCUUUGUGAAGUGGAGGAGGUUCAGGGUGGGUCACCGAAGUUGCACUUGCGGCUGAUGCUUGCAUCACCUGUGCAGGCCCCCUAGGUUUCCUUUUGGGCGGCGUUUCUUUCCAGGCGCUGGCGUGGCGUAUUAUCGUCAUCAGCUGUUCUGGCGCCCCAUUAGUCGUAGCUCUGGCUGGCGUCGCAGCGCCUGGGCGGCUGUGGGCCUUCCUGCACAGCGCGUCUUGCAGCGGGCUGGAGCCCGAUUAGUCAGCACCACAUCUGGCCCGUUUAGUUUUCUGCUUGUGUCUCCUCUGCCAGUUCUCCUGGGGUGUUGCUCAAGCAACCGACUUGUGGGGGUGGGGUGGGUUACGGCGGGUCGAGUGAUGGUAGCACUGGUGUUUUCCUUUCUGGCGCGCGGUGGUGGUGGUUCUUGCGGUUAGGCUGUGGUGUAGGUUGGUGCUUGUGUUAGGUCUGGCGGUGUUUUUGUGCAACCCCUCCCGGGGGGCGGGGGGGCCAGCCUCCUGCUCUGUCUGCCGGGUCGGGGUGGGGUGGGGUGGGAUGGAUGGGGGUGGUUGGUGGCGGUUUCGAGGUGUUUGCUUUCUGUUUUCUUCUCUUUUCUUCUCUUCUUGCCCUGUCAGGGUUCUGGUCUCGGGGACCAGGCUGCUUUCAGGCAGCAGGGGGGCAGCGCGUCUGCCCCUGUUCAACCUUGUAAGGAUGAUUCCUC